AUGUCAGAAGCUGCACCAAUAAAAAGCACUGCAAUAACAAUUACAAUUCUUGGGAAUGGUCGUUCCGAGAUUUCUCCCUCUUUUAUAGUGACAAUGGAAAAAAGUCGUUUCCUCUUUAACAUCCCCGAAGGGGUUCAACGAGCUUGUAUGGAAUAUAAACUUAAGCUUCCACGCCUCUCUAAAAUCUUUUUGACAUCCGACGAUUACUCAACGUGGGGAGGGUUCCCUGGCGCAUUCAUGACUUAUUCCGAAACCGAGUUUCCAAGUGUUCCUCUCCACACUUCGUCCACCUUUGUUGAAACCUUAAAAAACACCAACUUCUUUCCGCCAUUUGACAAAUUUCAAAACAUUUUUUCAGAGUGGACGACAGAAAGCGCCACGUGGACGGAUGGCUAUUUUAAAGUCAACCCCGUCGUUUUGGAAACAAAAACGAAAAAGACGAUUUGUUACCACAUUGCCCUUCCAACGUUUUUAGGAAAAUUUGACGCAAAGAAAGCAGCAGAACUCAAAAUCCCGGGACCACUCCGCGGAAAACUCAUGAAAGGCGAAAACGUCAAACUUGAAAACGGGAAACUAGUGACGCAGAAUGACGUGUGCGGCGAAAACUAUUGCCCAGGUCAUUUAUUAGUUCUACACUUACCAACACUUUCACAUCUCGAGGCUUAUAUAGAAAAGAAGUUUGUCGGAAUGGUGUGUGCAAUAGUUAGUAUCGUGAGUGAAGAGGUGAAAGCAAAUGAACGCUUCAAGGCACUCAUUGAGGAGUAUAGUAAAAUUAAUAGUAAAAUUACUACAAUGUAUUUAUUAGAUCGGACAUAUACAAUAGACCCAAAAUCAGCAGUCUGCGAGACAACGUACAGAACACAACUUGCUCUUCACACGUCACUGGGAAAGAUCCUUCCCAUCAACGCCCCAGCACAGUUACGAGUUAAACCCGUUUCCGAUGAAACUAUAAGUAAUAGUAAAAGAACUAUAACUGAUACUAUAACCAAUUCACUUCAAAUUUUCACGAUAUACCCCAAACCGUCAGUCAUACCCAUCGCACGUGAGACAAAUUUUGUCGACAGUUGUGUGGAGAGUCUGAAUUAUCAGCCAGGUUCGGUGUUUCAAGUCAUGCUCUUGGGGACCGGGGGUGCUGUGCCGGGGAAAACUCGAAACGUCAGUUCGAGUAUUUUGAGAUUUGCAGAUAGAGUAGUUAUGAUUGAUUGUGGCGAAACGGCUGUGUAUCACGCAAUAGAAAGUGGAAUAGAUCCAACUAAGAUUGAUUUAUUGUUUUUAACUCACGGCCAUGGCGACCAUUUGUUCGGGAUUUUCAGUUUAUUGAAAAUGAAACAGGGAAAUUUACUCAUCAUUGGCCCACAAUCGAUGAAAACUGCAGUUGAAACAAUAUGUGACAAAGAACAAUUGGGGUGCAGAUUUGUUUUGAACAAAAUUUUUGCAGAAACGGAUAAAAAUGACGAGAAAAGUCAAGAAAUGCGGAACGAGAUUGAGAAAAUGAUGGGAGCGAGGAUUGUCAGCGGAAAGACAAAUCAUUUAAGCGAAAAUUAUGCAGUAAAAUUCGAGGUGGGAAACCAACAAAUUGUCUUCACGGGGGAUACGUCGCAGUGCGAAGCAAUCUCUCGAUUGUGCCAAGACGCCGACUACGUUGUUCAUGAGUGCAACUUUGAAGAUGGGAUGGAAGAAGAGGCUAUCAGGAGGUCACACUCAACACCUCAGAUGGUUUGUGAGAACUUGAAAAAUUGCAACAACAAAGUAGUGAUCCUCAAUCACAUUGGACAGAGGACAUCGAAGUUUGCAGAUAUAAUGAAAAAGGAAAUGCCGAUCAACGCUGUCUACUCAUUUGAUGGGAUGGUAUUUGACGACAAUUUCAAGAGCGUUUGGCAACAAUACAAAGAAAAGUUGUUGAGUUUCUUUGAACUCAAUGAAAUUGAUGAAAGCGAAUAA